AUGGGUAUUCCUGAAUUAUGGGAGUUGUUGAAACCAGGUUUUAGUCGACGAGUUUCGAUAGAUGAAUUAGUGGACGAAUUUAUCAAGAAUCAUCAACGAACGCCAAGAAUAGCAAUUGAUGCUUACCUGUUUAUAUUUCAAGCCGAUCAUAGUAGUAUUACUGUUGAAGAUAAGGAUACAAUUCUUAUACAAAAUGUAAUGUCCAAAAUACUUGCAUUGAUUGGGUUAAACAUAUCAGUAGUAGUUGUAUUUGAUGGAGUAUUGAAACCCCAGAAAACCAAAAGUAAAGAAAACCUGGGGAUGAUGUACGAACAGGAAUUAGAAAGACUCAGUUUAAUUGGCAGUUGUUCUGAACAUCAUCCCGUUGUAGAGAAAGUCAAGGACCAACUAAGGAGAAACAAGAUUAACUAUGUGCAAGCUGCAGGAGAAGGAGAAGCCCAAUGUGCCUAUCUACAGAAAUUAGGUAUAGUGGACUAUUGUUUGAGCCAGGAUGGUGAUGCAUUGGUCUUUGGAGCUAACAAAGUGUUGCGUAACUUUAGCAAGUAUUUGGAAGAUAUUGGCCGUUCUCCUUCAAAGAAAUCAGAUGCAAAACUCAAGCAGACAUACUAUGUGACACCAGUGGAUAUCAAAGUAAUAGAAAAAGAAACAGGUUUAUCCGUGGAAAGGUUGAUAUUCUUGGCCUCAUUGAGAGGUGGUGAUUAUUCAGCAGGAGUCAGGAAAAUUGGUAUCACUAAUGCCAAAAAUCUAGCGUUAUGUGGGACCAGCCGAGCAUUAUAUCAUUCCCGAGAAAAGAGCAAAAUAGAGCUAAAAGAAUUGAAAAAGAACCAGACACAAGAAAACACACUACCGCCUCCUGAUUUUGCCAAUGAGUUAAUUCAAUGUUUUGUCAGUGACCGACUACCAAGACUACAUCCCUGGGAGCUGAGAUUAGAGCCAGAGGUAAGGCAUCAGAAGUUUACGGCAUUUUUAAAUCUAAUUAAUUACCAUAUAAAGGAGAAUAAUCGAGACAUAUUUGGAAGAAAAUUAACUAUAGAUGAAGGUGUCGAGUUUGAUGAAUACUACACAAUGUUGUAUCUAUUCCCUUUGAUUAAUGAUAGAAUCCCUAUAUUCAAGCCAGAUACUUUAGGUUCAGGAGAAUUGAAAGCUGACCAGAGUAUAAACCUUCUGGGUCUGCUAAUUCGAUUGAGUAGUUGUGAUGGAAAAUAUUACAAGCAAAAUGUUGGGAUUUCUAUACGAGGUCUACCAAAUGAACUGAAAUUUUUCUUCAUCCCUAGUACUUAUAAUUGGUCCAUAAAGUAUGUUCUAAUCAAAUUGUUGACACACCCAUCUACUUCUGUCAAAGUUACAAAUUUCAAAGAAGAGGCUGGGGUUGAGAAAUUAAUGCUUAAGUUUGAUAUUAACGAGGUGUGCAAACAAUUUCCUGAAUGUACAGAAGCACGAAAAUCACCAGGGUCAUCAUCUCCAGGAAGGAACUAUAUCUGGGUUCCAAAGUCGUUGGUAGAGCUACAUGCACCGAAUUUACUAGAAGAGUUUAUAAAUCAACGACAUGAACAAGAAUAUAUCAAGAAACAUAAAUGUUCACCACAAAAAACAACAUUAGAUGCAUUUGGGUUGUCUCCUUCCAAGAAACCACCAGUACCAUUUGAUUUGAAAAGCAUAUCUCCAAAGAAAUCCGGUUCGUCAAAAGUUUCACCCUCACCUAAGAAACGUAAAAAGGAUGCAUUACUUCCAGGACAAACAUCUUUGGAUUUCUUUAUGAAGAAAUCUGAUGCUCCCAAGAAGAAAAAUAUUAUCACCAACAAUAUUCCAGAUUUGUCACGAAACGAGGCCCAUGUGGCAUUCAAGGAGGACGAUAAUCCAUUUGUUGAUUCACCUGGCGAAGCUCAUGUUGAAUUUAAUCAAGAUGAUGAUCCAUUUGUAGUAAGUGAAGCUCAUGUUCAGUUUAAAGAUAAUGAUAAUCCAUUUCUAGAAGCACCAAUGAAUGAUGCUACUCGGAGAGCAGAUGCAUUUUUCCUUUCCCUACCAGAUAUAAAGACCGACGAUAUAUUUGUUAAACGUAGACCUACUUAA